UAGUAGUUCUUUUGUUGCCGGAAAACAAAUCUCUAGGAAUGGAAGCGCCUCCUGAUCGUGAGAGGUUGGAAGAGGGAGAUAUACCUCAGAGAGAGGAGUCACAGGGAAAAGAUCCUGCAGGUCUGUCUGGACCGUCUACUGACAGCUGUAUUAGUAGCUCUACAACGGCUUCAAGGUUCCUGCAGGUUGAACUGGAAUUGAACGCAAGGUUACGGAUGAUGUCCUUUGGAAAACCAGUGCGGUACACAUACAACCCGCUUGAGUAUGCCUGGGACCCACAUCAGUGUUAUGUGGACACAUACUGUCGAGGAGGACAGAGUAUUCUCUUUUUGGGCAUGAACCCAGGGCCUUUUGGCAUGGCACAAACAGGGGUUCCAUUUGGUGAGGUAAAAGCAGUUCGUAAUUGGUUGAAGAUCACUGGAAGGGUUGGACGGCCAGCUGAUGAGCAUCCCAAACGACGAAUCACAGGCCUUGACUGUACUCAGAGUGAAGUGAGUGGAGCCCGUUUCUGGGGAUUUUUCCAAGAGCUUUGUGGUGAGCCACACAACUUUUUCCGCCAUUGUUUUGUUCACAACUUGUGCCCUCUCAUCUUCAUGAAUGAUUCAGGCAAGAACCUAACACCACCCGAACUACCCGCUGUGCAACGUGACGCUCUUUUAUCCUGUUGUGAUGAUGCUCUUUGUCAGGUUGUUACUGCGUUGGGUGUAUCCUUGGUUAUUGGAGUGGGCAAAGUUUCUGAGCAGCGAGCUCGGCGGGCUCUGGCAGAAGCUGGUAUCAAUGUGCGAGUGGAGGGUAUUAUGCAUCCAUCCCCAAGAAAUCCAUUGGCAAAUAAGGGUUGGGCGAACAUAGUCAGGGCCAAACUGGAGGAACUGGGACUUUUGAGUUUGCUCAACAGAUGAAAAUUCUUACAUUAUAAUCACCCAGCAGUGCUUUGGAACUAUACAAUAUCCAUUGUUAUGAUGCUAUGACUCUCUUCAAUGAGACACUGAUCAUUAUUUUGUAUUUUUAUGUACUUUUACAUGUGUUUUUUUUGGCCAUUUUGAAUGUGCAUAUUAUGUUAUGCAUUUGUUGAGGCUUAUUCUAUUUAGCCAUUAUUAAAAUAUGUAUGUGUUUCUGACAGCUCACUUGGUUGAGCCUUGCAUUAGCAGAGGGAAGUUCCAAGGCCCCUUUUUUAUAAACGUUGCGUACACACAAAUUGGCCUUAGAAAACGAGGCACAACAUUUUCAACAUACAGAUCAGGAUUUAUACAAAAUACACUUGCAGUAAACAAGUAUGGACACUUUUGACUCUUUAAAGGGGCCCUUUCAUGCCAUGUUUAGAUGCUAUUAUCAGGUCCCUGGUGCAUCCACAAACUCAGAAAACAAAAAAAACAACUCGGUAACUUUGUUUGGUAAGCCGAUCUCUAAAAGCCUUUAAGAAAAUAAGACGAUCAGAUUUUGCAUCCUUUCUGACAUAGGUAGUGGUUGUGUAAAAUGUCACUGUGGCACGUUUGUCUGAUUACUCAUAGAAAGCUAUGUAUAUGGCUUGUAAAUACGUGCUGUGUAACAUUAAUUUCACUUGCAGAAAACAUGACAGGUUUGUAAUGGGUACUUUUACUUAUAGAAAGCAGUGUGUAUGGUUUGCAAAUACGCAACCAGUUUGUCAUGUGUACUUUUGUAUAUAGAAAAUUAUAUGUUUGGUGUUUAAAGAAGAGAGACUGUGUUUCUCAUUCGCUCUAUGUGACCUUUCUUGUUUUGUUGUUAUCUGCUGGAAAGGGGCGGAGACUAGCAGCUCUUUUGCACUAAAAGGAGUAGUUCAAUUUAAAAUAAAAAUUUGUCAU